AAACGAGGCUCUGGGAUAUUCCUCAUUUUUCUGUGCCUAAGGCUCGUUGUUGUGAGCAACAUGUGAUGGCUGCAAUUCUAUGCAAACUUCCUCUACGAAUGACAUCAUCGCCGAACUCUCACAGAUUAAGCACAGUCCUCAAUCAUAUAAUAAAGAUGGACGGCAGAUCACAGAGCACGGCCGGAAUCAUUGUCAUUGGUGAUGAGAUUCUGAAAGGGCAAACAGCUGACACCAACUCAAACUUCAUCUGCAAACACCUCUUCAGUCUCGGUGUCACAGUGAAAAAGAUCUCUGUAAUUGGCGAUGACAAGGAUACAAUAGCUGAGGAGGUAGCUCAUUUCUCGAAUUCCUAUACCCAUGUCAUUACAUCUGGGGGGAUUGGCCCAACACACGACGACAAAACACUGGAAGGUAUUGCCAAGGCCUUCAGUGAGGAGACCUACCCACACCCACAGUUGGUGGAGCUGAUAAAGGGAUACUUCGGGACUGAUGACCUGACUUCCCCCAAAAUGAAGAUGGCUUUUAUCCCGAAGUCUGCUACCUUGAAGUACGGAGUCAACAAAAUCACUGGCAAGAAGGCCUUGUACCCCUUGGUGUCAGUGAAGAAUGUGCACAUGUUCCCAGGAGUACCAGCUCAACUGGAGAGGGCCUUCCAUAUGUUAGAGAAAGAGUUGUUUAUGAACCCUGGGGUGGAGUUCCACACCAUGGAUAUGUUCAUCAACAAGGAUGAAAUGACCAUUGCUUCAGUCCUCAACCAGGCGGACGAGAAAUUCCGGAAGGAAGUCAUGCUGGGGUCGUACCCAGUGACACACAACAGUUACUACAAGGUGAGACUGACACUGGAGUCCCUAGAUGAGGACAAACUCGGACAGGUGUGUCAAUAUCUGACGGAGAGGCUCCCACAAGACAGCGUGGUGAUGUACGAGAAAGAUCCAGUAUCUGCUGCAGUGAAGACGUUGUACACUCUGGUGGAGUCGGAUGAAGACACUGUGUACGCCAACAAUGUACGACAUGCUGUCAAGGUUAUUGAAGAAGGACUGAAGAAAUACUCAUUAGAGGAGAUUUGUGUCGGUUUCAAUGGCGGCAAAGACUGCACUGCUCUGCUCCACCUUUGCCAUGCAGUUUUCAAGAAAAUGUACCCAGAUUCCAAAGCCAAUCUGAAUGCCCUUUACAUCCGAAGUAAGCUUCCAUUCCCUGAAGUUGAGGAAUUUAUACAGGUAUCUAGAGAUAGGUAUAAUUUAGAAAUGCUAAGAUUUGAAGGUAGAAUAAAAAAUAGCAUGAGUGAACUUCAAGAGCAACAUCCUAAGAUCAAGGCCGUCAUUAUGGGAACAAGGCGUACAGAUCCAUACUCGGAUCACCUCGAGUCUUUCUCCAUGACGGACCCUGACUGGCCACAGUUCAUGAGAAUUAACCCACUGUUAGAAUGGCAAUACAGCGAUGUGUGGACAUUCCUGCGCUCUUUCUGUCUGCCAUACUGCAGCCUCUAUGACCGAGGGUACACGUCCCUGGGCAGUAUGAACAACACUCACCCCAACCCCAGGCUUCAGUACCGUGAUGACAAGGGUGUGGUCUACUACCGAGCUGCGUAUGAGCUGGACCAGCAUGAGAAGGAACGAGAUGGGCGCAAUUAACGGAAACCUGCAUCUAAGAGAUUUUAAUGGAACCUCCAUCUGAGACAGACAACCUACAUCAGAGAAGGACGCAUUUAAUGGCAACCAGCACAAGAGAUGGACAUAAAGUGUCUGCAAACUGCAUUGAAGAGGGACCAAGUCAAUGGAAACCAGCAGAGGAAAUGGACCCAUUUUGUAUGGAACUUGCCAUUAUCAAGGCAACCAGUGCUUGGGAAUAUAUUGACCCAAAAAAAUAUUGAAAAUGACAGACAUAUAAAUACAUAAUAUUUCUCAUUCAAUACAGGAUAUAUUACUGGACAUGACAAAGACCUUUUUAUAUUUUAUUGACAGAAAUAUAACUGUCAAAAACAACAGCUAAAAGAGGAGUUACGUUCAGGAUCACAGAAAAGAUAUGUUGAAAUAUUAUGUCAAGGAGAAUAUAGAGACAAAUGUUGAUGUAGUGGUUUGAUAUUCACCUCAUGCCAGCCUCAGGGUUCAGUUCCUAUAUUUCACCUCCUUCAUCUUGGGAAACCUGUUUGGUGUUUUUCUGCCUCUGUAAACUCGAAGAAUGUGGUGGCAAAUAUCGGUGUAAUUUGUCUUCUGUGUUGAAGGUUUAAAUUAAUUGAUCGUAUGUGUGGAGAUUAUAUUGGAUUAUUUUUAUAUAUACUACUUCACAUUAUGAAUGUAUAUGGAAAUAUACUACUCACACUUUGCAAAGGAUCACAAAAAUUCCCAACUUUACUUAAACAUAGAUUUAUAAUUUAAAAUUGUAUCCAUUUAAAACUAGAUAAA